UUCCUCACCGUUAAAAUUUCCCUUCUUAUGAUACACGUGAAAGGAAAUUAAAAACAAGAAUAUUUGUCUGUUCAGACUCUGUACGCAGACAGAAUUGUAUGAAGACCUAGUUGUUAAUGUUUAUAGCUCGUGUUUUUCAACCAAUAAGAAUGGCUUCAGCAUCUGUAUUACAGAGAUUAAAUCAAAGAACUAAAGAGGCUGAAAAUAUCAUCUCAGAACUAAAAGGACAGAUAGAAAAUUUAAGACAAUCUGCAGCCAUCAGUAUCAGUAAACCUGAAGAGGACAGACUGAAAAUUGAGAAUGAAGAACUGAAGAAAGACAUAGAAACUUUAAAGGUUCAACUCAUCCUUGCUGAAGCUAGCAAUGGAGUUAGACAAAUACCACUACCAACAAAGAAAGGCAGAGAAAUGUCAGGGUCAGCUAAUGAUAGUGCAAAGGUCCCAGAAGAGCCAAAGGUCAAAGUUGAACCAAAAGAGAAGCCAUCUAAAGGGGAGAAGAAGAAAGAUCAGACUAACACUUCUGAAGCUGAACCAAAAGCAAAGAAGGGAAAACCAGAAAAGAAAGCAGCAGCUCCAACCAAUGAAAAUGUAGAUGUCUCCAGACUGGACUUCAGAGUAGGAAAGAUUGUGAAAGUAGAAAAACAUCCUGAUGCUGACACUCUAUAUUUAGAACAAGUAGAUGUUGGAGAGGGGAAAACCAGGACAGUUGUUUCAGGUCUCGUGAAACAUAUAACAUUGGAAGAGAUGCAAGACAAAGUAGCUGUAUUUAUGUGUAAUCUCAAACCAGCCAAGAUGAGAGGAGUACUAUCAGAGGCUAUGAUCAUGUGUGCUAGUACACCAGAAAAAGUGGAGAUAUUAAAUGUACCUAAAGGUGCUGCUAUUGGAGAUAAAGUGUUUGCUGAAGGUUAUACCGGUGAACCAGAUGCUAUGUUAAAUCCUAAAAAGAAGGUAUGGGAAGCAGUGAAGCCUGAUCUUCGUGUUAGCAAAAACAAAGUAGCCACCUAUAAAGGAGCUGCAUUGAAAAUUGAAGGAAAAGGGGAGAUAACUUCUCCAUCAUUAGCUGAUGUUGCAAUUCAGUAAUUUUACAGACUGAACAUUGAAACAUUUGAAGACUUGAUAUUUUGGCAUGUUAUGCAUAUCAAUUGAAUUUCUUAUUUAAUGAAAUUAUAAGUUGCAAACUUUAAUGGCAGUAAUUUUGUAAUCAAGUCUGAAAAUCUUUAAAAAAGGGAAUAAAUAUAUUUAUUUGUA